UUCUAUAUAUGUGGGGGAGUUUACUUACAUGUGACAGCAUGCUUAGCUGGAUUUCAUACAUAUGCCCGCGAAGGGUUACGUACUUCUAUGAAACUGACGGUGACUAUGAGAGGAUCUGGUUGGAGCAUUGUGAAGAUGAAGCGAGUCUUGAUGAAUACGCGUUGGCUAUGCAGCAUCUUGCCACGGAGCAUUGGUCAACCAAGCAUCCCGAUGACCGUAUCAAAUGGUGCCAUCACGCCUGUAGGGACUACUUCUUCCGUGGCGGUAUGAGUCAAGCCCUAACCAAAGACAAGAGGCGAAGGCAGCAUCUACAUGAUAAGUCACAACCUCUGACCUCCAGAGGUCAAGCCACAAUGACCUCUAGAGGUGACCACCACACAGACACGCUAAACAGCUGUAUCGGUUGCAGCGGUGACUGUGAUUGCAGCAGUAGUGUAUCUUUGCCCACCUCCAAUCAGUACAAUACAAUAUCUUUGCCAGUCUCUGGCCCACUAAGACUGCUUGAUGUGGGAUCUUGUUUUAACCCGUUUCUCCAGUAUGACGAGUUUCUAGCCGUUGGUAUUGAUAUCUCACCAGCAGUAGAUAGUGUACACAAGUGCGACUUUUUGAAUUUACAACUCCAGCAAUCCCUCGAGUGUGCACCGGACACGGUAGACACCUACUUAAGAACGUUGAAAAGCCCAGUAGAGACCCUUCCUCGGGAGAGCUUCCACGUGGUGGUAUUCUCUCUCCUACUCUCCUACUUCCCUUCGCCUUAUCAAAGAUGGAUCUGCUGCCAGAAGGCACAUCAACUGCUUCAACUCAACGGUGUCUUGCUGAUCAUCACCCCGGAUUCCUCUCACCAGAACCGCAACGCUGCCAUGAUCAAGAGCUGGAAGCGUGCAGUGGAGGGUCUGGGAUUCCGUCGGUGGCUCUAUGUCAAGGACACCCACCUCCACUACAUGGCCUUCCGGAAGGUCUCCCUUGAGCUGGUGGUGGAUAUGUGUGAUGCUGGACCUGAUCUCUUGUACAUCCCACAGGAUUUCAACGAAGAGGCAGAGGAGAGUGUCUUCGAUGAGAAUUAUCCCCGCACUGAGGAGGAGGCUGGGAACCUCUCUGAAGGUUUUUUGGCACUACCGGAGUGUGCUAUAGGGAAUGAUGACGACGAUGAUGAAGCAGUGAUCAUUGUAGAUGAUAGCUCUGAGGAAUGGUGGCAGGAGAAUCCAUGAACUGUUCAGCUUUGGAACUCGCCUUUACCAUAUUAUUUCAUUACAAAUUUAAAGUACCGCCUUUUUGUCUUCACUGAAGUGUAUAAUUUUUGUAUUUAAAACAAUUACUGAGCAGAUGGAGGUGUUGCUUUCUUUUAGUUUUACUGUAAACAAAAUAUGUGCCUAAAACCUCCUGAAAUUAUGAGUAUUUUCUAUGAAAAUUGAUAUAAAAAUUGAAAUGACAAUAACUGAAAUGUUUAGGACAUUUCUCCAGGGAAUGAAAACCCUCCAGUGCUGUAUAGUGACAUGGUUGAGACCUGUUCACUGGUACUCGUGACUGCAAAUGGCUAAGAGUCAAGAAAAAAAGGGAGGUGCCGGAAGAUACAUGGGCCAGAUUUGAAUUGGUGGCUAUGGCUCUGGCUAUGACUGUUGCUAAGGGUGUUGCUAAGUACAUCCUGUACUUCAACGCAUAAAGAUGCAGCGAUGUAGCCGAAGCCGAAGUGCCAUUUGGGACAUAGAUACAGUUGCCUACAUGUAUGGUCUAGAGCCAUAAUUUGAAGCUUGACAUGUGUACAAUAAUUGUUGACUGGAAGUUGAUAUGUAGUUAUAAGGGUACAGUUACCCUUUGUAAUACACCUUAAGCAUUCAUCAUAUUAUCAAGCUUGAAAAGGUCGCCAUUGCCCUCGUUAUUUGCUGUGCGUGCUUAGCUGCAUGUUUCCCAUUCAUCAUCGCUUAAACUCUAAGAUGACUUUGGGAUAACAUCUCAAUGCAUGAGGUCCGUACACCCCAAAACAAAAUGACAUCAAGAUACAUAUUCUGAUCACUAACAGUAUUAUGCCUUGAUUGAGCUGGUUUUGUCUGUACCAAGUGCGGUGUCGGAUCAAAGUUGUAAUAAACAAGUCAAUUGAAGGAUAGUGUAAACAAAA